CCCCCGGAGAGGACUCGCAUUUCGACUUGCGGGACACUUUUGUGCGUUUCUCUCCAGAGCGCCUCUCGCUCUCGCCCCUCCUGCGCUCGCUCUUUCUUACCCUCACCUCCUUUCCCCCCUUCUCUCCCCUUCUCCCGCUCUCUCCUGGAGUUGUUGUUGUGGCCCCCUAGCUCCUUCUUCCCCCCUUUCCCCCCUUCACCUCCCCGGGGUGAGUGGCAACUUUUCCCCUAGCUUUUCCUCCUCCUGUUUCCCCUUAUAUGUGACCAUGGCAGUGCCGGCGGCUUUGAUCCCUCCGACCCAGCUGGUCCCCCCUCAACCCCCGAUCUCCACGUCUGCUUCCUCCUCUGGCACCACCACCUCCACCUCCUCGGCGACCUCGUCUCCGGCUCCGUCCAUCGGGCCCCCGGCGUCCUCAGGGCCAACUCUGUUCCGACCGGAGCCCAUCGCUUCGGCGGCUGCGGCGGCCACGGUUACCUCCACUGGCAGCGGAGGCGGCGGCGGCAGCGGCGGCAGCGCGGGCAGCGAAGGCGGCGGCGGCAGCAGCAACAGCAACUGCAACCCCAGCCUGGCGACCGGGAACAGCGGCAGCGGCGGCGGCGGCGGCAGCAGCAGCAGCAUUAGCGCUGGCGGCAGCGGCAGCGGCGCCUCCAGCACCCCAAUCAACGCGAGCACCGGCAGUAGCAGCAGCAGCAGCAGCAGUAGCAGCAGCAGCAGCAGUAGCAGCAGCAGUAGCAGCAGCAGCAGCAGCAGCAGCUGCGGCCCCCUCCCCGGGAAACCCGUGUACUCGACCCCGUCCCCAGUGGAAAACACCCCCCAGAAUAAUGAGUGCAAAAUGGUGGAUCUGAGGGGGGCUAAAGUGGCUUCCUUCACGGUGGAGGGCUGCGAGCUGAUCUGCCUGCCCCAGGCUUUCGACCUGUUCCUGAAGCACUUGGUGGGGGGCUUGCACACGGUCUACACCAAGCUGAAGCGGCUGGAGAUCACGCCGGUGGUGUGCAAUGUGGAACAGGUUCGCAUCCUGAGGGGACUGGGCGCCAUCCAGCCCGGAGUGAAUCGCUGCAAACUCAUCUCCAGAAAGGACUUCGAGACCCUCUACAAUGACUGCACCAACGCAAGUUCUAGACCUGGAAGGCCUCCGAAGAGGACUCAAAGUGUCACCUCCCCAGAGAAUUCUCAUAUUAUGCCACAUUCUGUCCCUGGCCUCAUGUCUCCUGGGAUAAUCCCACCAACAGGUCUGACAGCAGCAGCUGCAGCAGCUGCCGCUGCUACCAAUGCAGCUAUCGCUGAAGCAAUGAAGGUGAAAAAAAUCAAAUUAGAAGCGAUGAGCAACUAUCAUGCCAGUAAUAACCAACAUGGAGCAGAUUCUGAAAAUGGGGACAUGAACUCAAGUGUUGGACUGGAACUUCCUUUUAUGAUGAUGCCCCACCCUCUAAUUCCCGUCAGCCUACCUCCAGCAUCUGUCACCAUGGCCAUGAGCCAGAUGAACCAUCUUAGCACCAUUGCAAAUAUGGCAGCAGCAGCACAAGUUCAAAGUCCCCCCUCAAGAGUUGAGACAUCUGUUAUUAAGGAGCGUGUUCCAGACAGCCCUUCACCUGCCCCCUCUCUGGAAGAGGGACGAAGGCCUGGCAGUCACCCCUCAUCACACCGCAGUAGCAGCGUGUCCAGCUCCCCAGCACGGACUGAGAGCUCUUCUGACAGAAUCCCUGUCCAUCAGAAUGGGUUGUCCAUGAACCAGAUGCUGAUGGGCUUGUCACCAAACGUACUCCCUGGACCCAAAGAAGGAGAUUUGGCUGGUCAUGACAUGGGACAUGAGUCAAAAAGGAUGCAUAUUGAAAAAGAUGAGACCCCGCUUUCCACACCAACAGCAAGAGACAGCCUUGACAAACUUUCUCUAGCUGGACAUGGACAACCACUACCUCCAGGUUUUCCAUCUCCUUUUCUGUUUCCUGAUGGAUUGUCUUCCAUAGAGACCCUUCUGACUAACAUACAGGGUCUCUUGAAAGUUGCCAUAGAUAAUGCCAGAGCUCAAGAAAAACAGGUCCAACUGGAAAAAACAGAGCUGAAGAUGGAUUUUUUAAGGGAAAGAGAACUAAGGGAAACACUUGAGAAGCAGUUGGCUAUGGAACAAAAGAAUAGAGCCAUUGUUCAAAAGAGACUAAAGAAAGAGAAAAAGGCAAAGAGAAAAUUGCAGGAAGCCCUUGAAUUUGAGACAAAACGGCGUGAGCAAGCAGAACAAACACUAAAACAGGCAGCGUCAACAGAUAGUCUACGGGUCCUAAAUGACUCUCUGACCCCAGAGAUAGAAGCUGACCGCAGUGGCGGCAGAACAGAUGCUGAAAGGACAAUACAAGAUGGGAGACUGUAUUUGAAAACUACUGUCAUGUACUGAACCUUUCCUGUUGAAGACAUCCACGUUCUCUUAAAGAAUUUUACAGUCAGACAUACAUCAUUGCAAAGUUCAGAGAAAAUAAAGUCCUUUUAAGGGAACUCUCACAAUUUUGUGUAUUAAUGUUCUUUAAAAGUUUAAGUAUUCUACAAAAAAGUUUCCUCCACUGAUUUUCACCUUGGUUCAUGCCAGAGACCUGAGAAUGUUUGUAAAUGUACAAGUAUCAAACUUCUUUCAGAUAAUGACUGCAACUUUGCUGCUGGACACUUACACAGAGUUAAAGACGGGUCUGAGUAAGACCAACUUUGUUUUUUAAUGGAAUGAACCAUUUUCCUCUUGUGAGAAUUCUGUAUUUGAGCACAUCAAGAGACUCUCGUAGCAGUGGUUACCCAAAUUUACAGAAUGCUGUCCUCCCAAACCAGCAAGAAACACCUGGAAAUGAACUUGUAGGGGGCAUAGAGGAUUCCUGAAAACCCAGAAAAUAAAGAGUAAUAUUCUGUUACAUUCACUUUUAAAACUCUCUACUUGUGGGUUUUCUCCUGAAGAUUUUUUUUCACAUACUUUCCAAAAGACCAACAAGUGGGUGUUGACACCCAUCCAGUGAAAUAACAUUUUGCAUAUCUGAAAAGAAGCAUUGACUAUAACCCAAAAGCUUUUUUUUUUCUUAAAAAAAAAAAAAAAAAA